AUGUGCUUUCUUUCUCAAUUUUCCCGACUCUUCACCUUCGUCGUUCUAGGUUCUUCUUUAAUUUGUACGUUGGCUUCAGACCCGGGUCAGGCGCCGAACCUAUCCAAUUUCAAGCUGCUGCCGAGAGGGAACGACGACAUGGUUACGGACCAUCUCAAAACCUUCCGCAAGGCCACGAAGCACAAGAUGAAAAACAUUCAUCGCUUAAAUACACAACAUCACAAGAAACAAAAAGCGAAGAAGUCAUGCAAGAUAAGUCAUCACGCCAAAAAAUCCAAGUCUGAAAAAGCGAAGAAAAAAGACAAUGUCUAUCACGAGAAGCAGGAAUAUCUACUCCCUCAUCAGUCGCAAGCUGUUGGCUCAAUCUUGCACGCUACUUCGGCUUGUGGAAACGCGCAGCCUACUCGGGCGAUCACAGAAGGCUCAGGCCCCAAUGGAAAUGAAUCGUUCUUGAACUGUGGCAUAACCGAAGGUGGUUGGAAACCGCCUCAUGUCACCAUGUCGAUGAUAACACACUCAUCGCUAGAUCAAGAACCCGCCAAGAGCACGUUUGCCCCCUGUCAAAAGUUCCGUCCCUUGUUUGAAAAACAUGGAAGCAAGCACGGCAUACCAUCAAUCUUUUUGGCCGCUUUCGCGAUGCAGGAGUCCAAUUGUAGACCCGACGUCGUCGGUGAUCAAGGUGGAGCCUUCGGACUUAUGCAAAUAACGAAGGACAAGUGCGGUAACGCGCCCGGUGGCAACUGUGCUGAUCCUGACUACAACAUCGAAAUGGCUGCCAAAACCUUCUCCGAUGGUCUCUCCGAGGCUAAUGGAAAUGUCUUGUUAGCUGUCGGAGGUUACAAUGGUUGGAUGCCGGGCCUCACCAAGGAUAAGGCAAUGGAGGCUAAACAACAAGGAUGUUGUGUCUGCCAGCAAAACUUGGAUUACUUGCAACAUUUUUUCAAUGCCUGGAUUCAAGGUGUUGACCCCCAAAGUCGCCGACUUGGUACGUUCCGCAACUUGGAAGCUUGUGGCUAG